CUGAAUGCACUGUUGGUCUAGUAGUUGACGCUAAGAUGUUUGACUUAAUUGGACCAAACCGGACCACUCCACAUCCAGUGCUAAAGGAGCGUCAAUGCCUUCCAAGACUAAUUUGUUUCAUCUAUCCCAUAAACAGAUUACUUUCCAAAAAAAAAAAAAAAAAAUUCAUCACGUUUUCCUUCACACUUAUAAGAAGCUGUCGUUGUAGGAAAUAUUGGGUUGGGAUUUUAUAAAUAUAUAUGUCAUAGCUAGUGUAGUGAUCGAUGAGACAAACGAUGGGUUGUUGACUUGUUGCUAAUUAAUGAAAAAACUACUAUCCUCACAGACAACCAGAUUAGAUUUGAAUAAGAGAGUCUUAAUCGAUGGAUGACCGAUGCCUUCAAACUUUCAAUUAUUUUUGGCAUAUACCUGUGGCUCAUCGAGACACAUAAUUUUCAGUCCUGACUAUGAGGAUGAUUUUAAUCGGUUAGUUUGUUAACUGUUUAACUGUUGGUUACUAAUCGUUCAAUCUUCGGUUAACAUUAGCUAAAUUUGGCUACCAGUAACCGGACAUCUACUACCCAAAGUUAUCACUUUCCUUCUAAAUAAUAACGAGUUAAAUCUAAAGAUUUCAGUAAAAUUAAUAAUGGCGAAGUAUAUUAUUCGGGAACGGAUGAGCUUUAUAUAAUCUCAAAUGGUGAAAAAUUAAUAAUGGCGCUAUAAUACUUCUCCACACGAAACCAAUGAUUGUGAAAUAAUAUUGGACGUUAUACAGAAAAAGUCAGUGAUAGAGUAUUUUAUACUAAAAUCAUGGUAUAACCUUAGUUCAAUAGUGUUAUAUCGCUAAAACUACCUACCGGUUUAAUAUCCACUACCUGAUACUUCAGCUCCAACCGGAUGGUAAGUUAAGAGUUUCUAAAACACUGCAUUGCAUGAAAAACAUUGUUUAUAACCAAUUGAUUAAAUAGUUAGUUUAAAUAUAUAGAACACCCCACACGGUGAUGAUAAUUCAUGAGAGAUCUGGUCUUUUGUCUGUUCCCAAGAUUUGAAUUUAUUUUGUACCUAGUCAACAAGUUGGCGCGAUGCGAUAAAUUAGAGAAAAAAUUGAUCAUAUAUUAUAAGCAUAUACAUCCGGCAGGUGGAGAGCUAUAAGGAUUGAUAUAUAAUUCCGUUUCACUGAGACAAAUCGUUAAGUAGUAACUAGCAAAUUGCAAAUAGCAAUCAAUCCAUUCCAAGGCUUCCAGUUCUACAUUUGUCACAUCUGAUAUUUCCAUCAAUAAUGUCUUCCGUGCUACAAUCCGUUUCCAGGAGGUUAUCAGGGAAGGUGGCACUGAUCACAGGCGGAGCAAGCGGGAUCGGCGCCGCCACGGCCAGGCUGUUCGCCCAGAACGGCGCCAAAGUCGUGAUAGCCGACGUCCAAUCCUCGCUGGGAAAUUCCGUCGCUAAAGAAGCGAGCUCCAACUCCCAACACCCCGUCUCCUUCGUCAGCUGCGACGUCACCAAGGAGAGCGACGUGGAGAGCGCUGUGGACGCCGUCGUUUCGGCCCACGGAAAGCUGGACAUCAUGUACAGCAACGCCGGCGUUACCGGGGACAGCUCCGGGCACCGGAUCCUGACGGUGGACGCCGAGGAGCUGAGGAGAGUGCUGGACAUCAACGUGGUGGGCGGGUUUUUGUGCGCCAAGCACGCGGCCAGGGUGAUGAUCCCGGAGAAGAAAGGGACCAUUCUGUUCACAGCGAGCGUGGUGACGGACACGUUUGGGCUGUUCGCUCACACGUACACGGCCUCGAAGCACGCGCAGGUGGGGCUGGUGAAGAAUCUGUGCGUGGAGCUGGGGCAGUACGGGAUUCGGGUCAACGCGGUUUCUCCCGCCGCCGUCCCGACUCCGAUGGCCAUGAAGGCGCUCGGGUUGGACCGGAAGGGGGUUCAGGAGUUCUAUGCUCAGAAGUCGGCGUUGAAAGGUCCGCUGCUGGACGAGAACGACAUCGCCGAGGCGGCUCUCUACCUCGCCAGCGACGAGUCGCAGUUUGUGAGUGGGUUGAACCUCAUCGUAGAUGGUGGCUACAACUUGAGGAGCGCCUAGCUAGUUAGCACCGGAAUUCGAUCGGCAUGCAUGCAUGCAUGCACCGGAAUUCAACUUGAACCUCAUCGUCGACGGUGGCUACAAUUUGAGGAGCGCCUAGCUAGUAAUUAAUUAGCAGCUGCCUGGAACUUGCUCCAAUUAAUUCUGCAUCACUUUCUUUUUAUCCUAUGAGAUCAAAUUUGUAGUACCAGUGUACCAUUAAUAAAUAUCGUCACUAUUAUCGAUAAGAAAAUUUCCAGUGUCUUAUGAAAGUUGCAAGGAUUACAUAGAUGCAUUAAUUGUAGUAUAUAUAUGGUGACUACUUCGGUGCACUCACAAAAAUGAGUGCGUUCAAUGCACCCAACUCAAAAACUAAUCUUAAGGUGUCGGAUUUUGAAUUUUAAUGUUUAGAAUUACUGUAAUAUGAUGAUAUAACAUAUGAUAACAACUAAUUAGCGGAUUAGCCUAAGCCCUAGACCUCCAAUUUUGAUAUCUAUCCCUAAACCCCAAAUUGUAAACCCUAACCCUAACCCAAAAUCUCUAAACUCUAAAUCCUUCAAAUUAAAGUAAAUCUUUAAUGGUUUUUGUGCAAAUUCAUGUGCGUUAUUGUUCAUCAUAUCAUAAGUGAUGAUUGACAUCAUUUUGACAUAAAUCACAUGUUUAAAAUGACGGUUAUGAAGUGAGUGCACUGAAUGCACCCAAAAAAAUGAGUGCACCAAAGACGCCACUAUAUAUAUAUAUAUAUAUAAAUGAAUUUGGUGCACAGUAAAAUACAGUAUAGUGUUUAAUAUACGUGAUUGUGUUUUUAAGUUGUGAAUAACAUGGGUUCAACAAUAGAAUCUAAAAUCAAUUAAAAAAAGAGUACCGACCGGAAACGAGAAAAUAAGCCGACCGUUGGGGAAGUCUCCUAUUGCCACCGUCGGAUCUACGCCGGCGAAGUAUCCAGUUGACUGACUAGUAAGUAAAGCAAGAUCGCGGCAACAUCUUGCUCCUGUUUCUGCUAGCUAUAUAUCAUUGAUUUUUAGGAUGAAAUGGGAUGUGCAUUUCUAAUUCUACUACAAAAACUCAUCAAAGCCAGAAGGUCACAAAAGAGCUAGUUUUGACCAAACCUCAUCCCUUAUCACUUGAUCGAACUCGAAACCGCAAAUCGGUCAACCGAAUGCAAAAGAUCAACUGCAUCCUUGAAUUUAGAAACUUGUCUCAAAUCAACAUUAGCACGUACAGGAAAUAUAUAAACGGUUAGCUCCUAUAGUUUGAAGAUGCCUGCAUCAAUCUAUUAGGAAACAAGCUAAGCAAAUCAUGUUGAGAAGAAGUAAAACUGCAACCAAGAAAUGAAGAACAGCUACCAGACCAAGAUUCCCUAGCUAGCCAGUAUAGUAGUAUAUUGCCGCUGAUGAACCAGAUCAUGGUCUGUUAUUUCAUCAUCCCAAUUAGUAUUCAUACACAGAAUCACAACAUCGAUGUGGUGAAGAUGGUAGCGUAGUAAUUAAUACUAAUUGAGAUG